AUGGAUUACGGUUGUGACAACAUCGAGCAGAUUGAACACGUCGACGAGGAGGUUGCUUGGAAUAUUCUAUUCAUAUAUGCGACAGCUGAAGGCCAGUGUAAUGGGUCUACCUUGAUCCUGCACGCCACGGAGGUGCCAACUAACCUUGAAACUCCAAACUAUCCGAAUGGAUACGACAGCGACUUGGACUGUACAUGGAUACUUGACUCGGGUUCGGAUGGCCAGAAAAUCAUGCUCUUCUCUGACUCAGUUGAUGUUGUUUGCAACGAUUACUUUGCUAUCAUCGACGGAAACAGUUCGGAAUACUCCUUUCUUCAAAACCCCGCGUGUGGUGCAAUUGGUGAAACCGGAAUUUAUGUCACAUCCGGUCGUUAUGCUAUGCUGGUAUUCUUGACGGACAAUUCAACAUUCGGAAAUGGAAUGACCUUUACCUACUUAUCAGCUCGGGAUACAUCGGGUACCGGAUGCUUGGAGACCAUGUCACUCGUGGCAACCGUGACACCACAAUACCUGACGUCACCGGAUUUUCCCUACUAUUACCCACCUGAUAGUAGAUGCCGAUGGGAAAUAUCCGGGUCAACGGCUUCAUCAACGGUGUAUGCAGAAGUAAUGUUUAUGGAAGUUGAGGAGGACGAAACUUGCGAGUAUGACUACUUCAGCAUUCAUGAUGGUCUCUACAUAUGUGAGUAUAACGAAAUAAUGACAAUGUGUCCCACCCGUACAAACGCUGAGGACCCACGGUUGAACUUCACUUCAACCGACAACGCCGUCAUAAUAAAGUUGUUCUCCGACUACUCUGUUGAAAGGCAUGGUUUUCUUCUCAAGUACGUAGAGAUCCUCAGUGAGACAACCGCAACAACAAACGCUCCAACAACAACGGAAACGAGGUCGUCUACCACGGGGGCCACAACCACUUGCGGACGGGAUAUCCCUGUUGUUGCUGGAAGUGCUGCAGCUGGAGCAGCCCUUGGCGCUGGCGUCGUCGGUGCCAUCUGGUUAAUAAGGCGCCUCUGCCUUCGGAAUGCGCUCCCUAGCUACGUUACGAAAGUUCAGCCCUUCUCCCCAGGCCGUUAA